AUGGCGCCAGCCCGCAGAGACAGCAAUAUCGGGUCCAAAGUCAACGUUCCCUUCAUUAACGCCCUCGUCAUCUGUUCCUUCCUUAGCAUCGUCUGGUACAACGUUACCGAGCUCACCGUCCUUAUCCAGACUUUCUUCAAACGCUAUGCCGGCUUCUACUACUACUCGCUACUGGUCGCGACAUGGGGCAUCUUCUUCCACGAACUCAGCAUGUUCUUAAAGUUCUAUCACAUCAAUGAGUCGAUACCGGGCGACAAUAUUGCAAAUACAGUUAUUGUGUGGACGGGAUGGGUCAUGAUGGUCACGAGGGAAUCUAUUGUCUUGUACUCGCGGCUCCAUCUCGUGGUGCAGGCGCGGCAUCCUUCCUUUCUUGACGAACUGCUCGCCAAGCCCGCAGCCUGGGUCGCGCCGUACUCGGUUGUCGAAAAGGUCCAGGUUACGUGCUUCUUCCUCCAGAAGACAUCCUACAAAGGCGCAAUGUGGCCGGUGAAGUUGAAACUAGAAUUCACUAUCCUGAACCAGCUCAUGAACCUUGUCCAGGGCUACCCUCGGGGCACUACCUCUUCAUCGCCACACACAGGCUCAAGGCCGCACACGGCCUCGAGGCACGAUUUUAGCCGCCACGGUGGGACAAGCUCCUCAAUUCGCGGCACAGAGCAGGGCCACUCCGCCGAAGCAUACGCGAGGAUGGACGGAGAGAUACCGGGAGGCAGAGGAAUAAAGCUGCAAGACCUAGGGGCAAAUGACUUGGUGAAGACCACCACGACCGAGGUUCGUGUGGGUAAAGUUGAGAGGAUAGAGGAGCGUGUAGGAAGCCCCAAGAAUGCGAUACUGAAUGCAAGCUCGAGCGAGGUGUAUAUCAUCGACUAUCAUAAAUGA